AUGAAGAUGGAACCAGGAUCACGAUUGCCUCCUAUCCAGCGGGUGAGUCGUUGUCGUCGCAUUUGGAGCGGUUCGCGCAAGCGGUCGGGGGGAGGUGGAAUCCAGGUCUGGCAGUGCGGCUCCCAUUGUGUUGGCGUCGAUGGUGCUGAAGGAGAAGAAAGAGGGAUGCAGCAGCGGCGGUGGCUCUUGUCCCUUUCGCAAACCAUCGAAGGAGAUGCCAACGGCAAGAUCGAUCAAAGAAGAGGCGUCAUCGACCUUCCACGGGAGGGUUGUUCGCCACCGAGGAAGGAGUUAUCGACGAGGGAAAUGACGGGAGCUGGGUAA